CGCCGUUGCCAUCCACCCCGGCGCUCUGGCCAAAAUCCACAUAUUUCCACGUCCGUCGUGAGAGAAGCCGCCUUGGAUGAUGUCAACCAUGGUGGCGAGCUGGUGAAGCUCGUCGGGAGGAUCAACGCCAGCGCGUCGGUGGCGGGCGGAGGCGGGAGGGAGGUGACAUGGAUGGUCGCCGACGUGAACAUGGCGUGGGCGUUUCCCGUGGCGAAGAAGAGAAGCUCGGCCUCCGCGUCGCCGUCGGCUGCUUCUGCCCUUCGUCGGUGGCGAUGUCCAUGACGAGGAUUAGGAUCCCUGAGCUGGUGAGGGAGGCGUUCUUGACGAGAGCGGCCUGACGAGGUGGCGCCGCGCGUUCCGGCUUGCUCCGGCAGGCUCUUGCUGACCUCCCGCCCAUUCCUGUGGGUGGUGAGGCCGGCCGGGCACCGUGAGCGAGCUGUGCCUCGACGGGCUAAGCCGCCGCGUCGGAGCUGGUGCCCGCAGCAGCGUCCACGGCGUGCUUCGUCUUCCACUGCAGCUGACUCACAUGGCCAAACAACUCUUUCACGUCACAACACUUUCACGUCCUUUGGUUAGUGUGGGAUAUUAUUUGACCAUGCCGAUUUAACCAACGUGGUAAGAUAAAAAUUGUUACAUCCGUAAUAUAUGAUGUGUCGCUGUUAUUUUGCCACGUGGUUAAAAAGUUUAGAUUUUAGAAAUAAGUUUUAGAAAUUGUUUGUUGUUAAAAUAAAAAAAAAUCCCUCGGCCACAUCCCCAAGGCUAUAAGCUGCAGGUACGUUCUGUUGCGGCCUCUAGCCACACACUCUCUGCUUCUCUAGCAUCACAAGGUAGACGAUGGCUAAGGGUCACGUCCUCGUGCUCCCGAUGCCAUGCCAGGGCCACGUCAUCCCGUUCAUGGAGCUCUCCCACCGCCUCGCCGACGAGGGCUUCGAGGUCACCUUCGUCAACACGGAGGUGGACCACGCGCUGGUGGUGGCCGCGCUGCCGCCGGGCGGCGCCGCGGAGCUCCGGCAGCGGGGGAUCCACCUCACCGCCAUCCCCGACGGCCUCGCCGAAGACGAGGACCGCAAGGACCUCAACAAGCUCAUCGACGCCUACUCGCGCCACAUGCCGGGCCACUUUGAGCGGCUCAUCGGGGAGAUCGAGGCCGGCGGCGGGAGGCCCAAGGUGCGGUGGCUCGUCGGAGACGUCAACAUGGGGUGGUCGUUCGCCGUCGCCAGGAGGCUCGGCAUCCGCGUCGUCUACUUCUCGCCGGCGUCCACGGCGUGCAUCGCCUUCAUGCGCAAGAUCCCCAAGCUGAUCGAGGACGGCGUCCUCAACGAGAAGGGGUGGCCGGAGCGGCAGGAGACGCUGCAGCUGGCGCCGGGGAUGCCGCCGCUGCACACGUCGCUGCUGUCGUGGAACAACGCCGGCGCGGCGGAAGGGCAGCACAUCAUCUUCGACCUCGUCUGCCGGAACAACAAGUUCAACGACGACCUCGCCGAGAUGACCAUCUGCAACUCCUUCCACGAGGCCGAGCCCGCCGUCUUCAAGCUCUUCCCGGACCUCCUCCCCAUCGGCCCGCUCGUCGCCGACCGCGAGCUCCGCCGCCCCGUCGGCCACUUCUUGCCGGAGGACGCCGGCUGCCUGGACUGGCUCGACGCGCAGCCCGACGGCUCCGUCGUGUACGUGGCCUUCGGCAGCAUGGCCAUCUUCGACGCGAGGCAGUUCCAGGAGCUCGCCGUGGGGCUGGAGCUCACCGGCCGGCCGUUCCUGUGGGUUGUCCGGCCGGACUUCACCCCUGGCCUGAGCACGGCGUGGCUGGACGCCUUCCGGUGCCGCGUCGCCGGCAGGGGCGUGAUCGUCGAGUGGUGCUCGCAGCAGCGCGUGCUGGCGCACGCCGCCGUGGCGUGCUUCGUGUCGCACUGCGGGUGGAACUCGACGCUGGAAGGGGUGCGCAACGGCGUGCCGUUCCUGUGCUGGCCGUACUUCUGCGACCAGUUCCUCGACCGGAGCUACAUCACCGCCGUGUGGCGCACCGGGCUCGCCGUGGCGGCCGGCGAGGAGGACGGCGUCGUGACGAGGGACGAGGUGAGGAGCAAGGUGGAGCAGGUCGUCGGCGACGGCGAGAUCAGGGAGAGGGCGCGGCUGCUCAGGGACACGGCGCGCGCCUGCGUCAGUGAGGGUGGCUCGUCGCACAAGAAUUUCAGGAAAUUUAUUGACCUCCUAAGUGAGUGACACUGCAACCGAUCGACUGAUAUGCGUCCAAAUUAAUACUGUACUUCCUGUUUGUACAAGCAGAACUCCAUACUUACCUGCAUUACUGUAUCCGCAUUGAUGCAAAAUCAAAACAAUUUACCAUAUACUGUAUUUAUAUCUAUCUUGUUACUUGCAUGAUCAAACUAAAUGGCAUGCCUUGAACCCUAAAUCCAAA